AUGGCGGCAAUGGUGAAAAAUCCUGCAGAGGCAGCAGCCGUUAUGCCUCCAAUCAGCACCUCGGUAGAGCAUAGCCAAUCUGCCCUCCCGUUGACCACAAACAUGACUGCCUCGUCACUGACAAGUGGAGGCAAUAGCUGCUUGGAUGAACAAAUUGAACGAUUGAAGCGAUGUGAAUACCUUCGAGAAGGAGAAGUAAAAGCACUCUGCCUUCGUGCUAGAGAAAUUCUGGUAGAUGAGAGCAAUGUACAGAGAGUUGAUGCACCAGUAACUAUAUGCGGCGAUAUUCAUGGACAGUUUUAUGAUCUGGUGGAACUCUUUAAAGUGGGGGGUGAAUGUCCGGACAAGAAUUACCUCUUCUUGGGUGAUUUCGUGGAUCGAGGUUAUUAUUCUGUUGAGACAUUUCUGCUGUUGCUUGCAUUGAAGGUGCGGUAUCCCGAUAGAAUCACCCUGAUUCGUGGAAACCAUGAAAGUCGACAGAUUACGCAGGUCUACGGAUUCUAUGAUGAAUGCCUGAGAAAGUAUGGUUCCGUCAAUGUUUGGAGGUAUUGUACAGAAAUUUUUGAUUACCUAUCGCUGAGUGCAAUUAUCGAAGACAAAAUCUUCACGGUUCACGGAGGAUUGAGUCCUAGCAUUAAUACAUUGGACCAGAUUCGUGUGAUUGAUCGAAAACAAGAAGUGCCACAUGAUGGUGCUAUGUGUGACCUGAUGUGGAGUGACCCAGAAGAAAUUGAUGGAUGGGGAUUGUCGCCACGAGGUGCAGGAUAUCUUUUUGGUGGUGAUAUUGUGGCCAUGUUCAACGAAAGAAACGAUCUUGAUUUGAUUGCGAGGGCCCACCAGCUUGUCAUGGAGGGUCAUAGAAGUAUGUUCAAUGAUGCACUAGUCACUGUAUGGUCGGCUCCAAACUACUGUUACAGAUGUGGCAAUGUCGCUGCAAUUCUAGAGCUUGACGAAAAUUUGGAACGAAGCUUCAAGAUCUUUGAUGCAGCACCUCAAGAGGCUCGUGGUGUGCCGAUCAAGAAUCCUCCACCAGAUUACUUUUUGUAG